AUGGGGCCGCAAGUUGUUCUGGUCGCUGCUUUUGUCGUUACGGUUCUUCCAAUCAUUGAGUGCUUCAGUAAGUUUACUAGAGCUUAAAUUAAUCCUUGCAAAUUCUUAAGACCUUCGCUUUAUACGACAAUCAGCCGUUGUAGCUUCGUCAGUAGGAAUUCCUGCUGCUCCAACAACAGCCGCCUCGUCAAACGCUGUUGGGACGAGUUUGGCUCCAACUUCUGCUCUAUCUGUUGCAACUUCAGCCCCUCCGGCUCUGUCAGUUGCUAGUGCUGUAACCUCUGCUCUUCCCAGCGCUGCGGCAGUUACUUCUGCUCCUCCAAGCGCCGCUGCAGCAACCUCCGCUCAUCCAGGUUCUGCCGCUCCAAGCUCUGCUUCUCCAGCCGCCGCCGCAGCAACUUCUGCUCCCCCGGCCGCAGCAACCUCGGCUCCUCAAACCGCUGCUGGAAGUUCUGCUUCCCCAAGCGCUGCGGCUGCAACAUCUGCUCAUCCAGGCUCUGCCGCUCCAAGCUCUGCUCCUCCAGGCUCUGCUGCUCCAACCUCUGCACCACCAGGGACCGCCGCUGCGACUUCUGCUUCUCCAGCCGCCGCUGCUGCAACCUCUGCCCCUCCAGGCUCUGCUGCUCCAAGCUCGGCUCUUCCAGGCUCUGCCGCUCCAAGCUCUGCUUCUCCAGCCUCUGCCACCGCCGUAUCAUCUGCUCCUCCGGCCGCUGCAACCUCUGCUCCUCCAGGCGCCACCGGCGCUACUUCUAAAGCUUCUACAUAG